AUGUCUUCCAUGACCCUGUACGGCCUCACACCGUCGCCUGUCUGUCUGACAUACCCUCCUCUCAGCGGCUCAUCUGGUCACAGCGAAAUUGAAAAGUUUCAAGGUUCUGAUGGAAAGAAAGAGGAGGAAGAAAAGAAGUAUCUUGAUGUCAUCAGCAACAAAAACAUAAAGCUCUCAGAAAGAGUCUUGAUUCCUGUCAAACAGUAUCCAAAGUUCAAUUUUGUGGGGAAAUUGCUUGGACCAAGAGGAAACUCCUUGAAGAGGCUUCAGGAAGAAACAGGUGCUAAAAUGUCUAUUCUGGGAAAAGGAUCAAUGAGAGAUAAAGCAAAGGAAGAAGAACUAAGAAAGAGUGGAGAAGCCAAAUAUGCCCACUUGAGUGACGAACUUCACGUGUUGAUUGAAGUGUUUGCUCCUCCUGGGGAGGCUUACUCACGGAUGAGUCACGCACUGGAGGAGAUUAAGAAAUUCCUGGUUCCGGACUACAAUGAUGAAAUCCGCCAGGAACAGCUGCGUGAACUGUCCUACUUAAAUGGCUCAGAAGACUCUGGUCGCGGCAGAGGCAUUAGAGGCCGAGGGGUCAGAACAGCGGCUGCCACUCCUUCCAGGGGCCGUGGGGGAGCCGUUCCUCCUCCCCUACCACCUGGCCGAGGUGUCCUCACCCCUCGAGGAGCCACUGUGACUCGUGGAGCUCUUCCAGUGCCCCCUAUAGCAAGAGGUGUCUCCACCCCUCGAGCCCGGGGAGCAUCGUCAGCCCCAGGAUACAGAGCACUGCCCCAUCCCGCACCCGAGGCCUACGAGGAGUAUGCCUACGACGAUGGCUGUGUGGGUGACUAUGAGGCCUAUGACAGCAGCUACGCAACCCAGACGCAAAGCGUGGCUGAGUACUAUGACUAUGGUCACGGGGUGAGUGAGGACGUCUACGACAGCUAUGUGCCAGAGGAAUGGGCCGCCAGCCGCUCCAGCCUGAAGGCCCCGCCGCCUAGGCCGGCCCGAGGGGGAUUCCGAGAGCACCCCUACGGUAGAUAUUGAAGGUCUCAGAGACCCCACCCAAAGAGAGUGCGUAGCUGUGGUCUCCACACGAACAGCAACAAGACAAGUAAUAGUCCUCCCUUGUUUCUUUUUUCUACGCUAGGGUUAACUGCUUAGGACUGUGCCCGUGUUUCUUGUAUUUCCCUCUAUGCUGCUGACGUUUGUUGACAUUAGUAUUAUUUUACAAAAUGAAUUGAAAAAGACAUUGGCAAGCAUAGUGUAUAAACCAUUCAGUAGGAUGAUAUUCUCUUGGUGGUUUUGCAUUGUCCUGUGUAAGCUUUUCUUUUUAUUCUUUUAUUUUUCCUUUCCUUUUUUUUAGAAAGAGCAUGAAUCUGUUGACAGAUUUUGAGUCUCAACCAACUAGCAGAAAUUUUGUUUAGGGUUGCUAAAUUAAGACUGUAAUAUGAUCGUUGAGCUAGCGGAUAAUAAAGUUGUAGAUAAGAUGUUUUAACUUGUCUUUUAAUAUCUGUUAGUUAGAUAAAGAUGUUCAAUAUUAAGUUUGUAAAUUUAAUUUUAACUGUUUUCAUGGGGUUGAAAACAAGUAGCUACUGUAUGUUUGUAGCUAACUGAAUUUGUUCAGUGUUUUAACCUGUUUUUGUUAAAAAAGAAAAAACACACAUAAAGUUCCAUGUUACGCUUCACUAAAUAGGAAACCACAAUCUGUCAAAUAUGUUUGCCAUAACUUGUCAAUAAAGCUGAAAACCUUUGUAAAAACUAAAUUUGGAAUUACUUGUUUUCUAGCUUUA